AUGUCGCCCUCACACCCACACCCACACCCAACAAACACCCCUCCGCCCCCAACCCCCACCUUCCUUAAACUCUCCUACCCUGCCCCACGCGUCCUAUUAAUUCGCAUGGACCGGCCCUCCGCCCUCAACGCCAUGUCAACAGCCGCACAAUGGGAAAUGGACAGUGUGUGGAGAUGGCUCGAUACGGAGCCCUCUCUCUCCAUCGCCAUCAUCACCGGCACAGGACGCGCAUUCUCCGCGGGCGCCGAUCUCAAAGAAUGGAAUUCGUCCAUGUCGGCCGAUGCCGAUCCUUCAAAGCGCAUGGGCAAUGCGCCGAAAUUCACCCCGCUGAGUCGGCGGCGAGGGAAGAAGCCUGUCAUAGCCGCGGUCAAUGGGCUCGCGAUGGGAGGAGGUUGUGAGUUUGUCGUCAACUGCGAUUUGGUGGUUGCGAGUGAGGAGGCAGUGUUUGGGUUGCCAGAGGUGAAGAGGGGAGUUUCGCCAAUAGGGGGUGCGUUACCAAGGCUUAUUAGAACGGUGGGGCUGCAGCGUGCGACUGAAUUUGCAUUAAUGGGAGAGCCGAUUUCCGCACAGACAGCCAUGGAGUGGGGGAUUGUGAAUAAAGUGGUGCCUAAAGAAAAGGUGGUAGAGGAGGCGGUCAAGUACGCGGCGAAGAUUGCGGAGAAUAGCCCUGAUGCGAUUAUAUGUACGAGAGCGGGAUUGAGACAGGGCUGGGUGUCGGCGGCUGUGGAGGAAGCCGUGUCGAUUACAAUGGAGAAUGAGUUUGCGGAAUUGCAAAAGGGGGAGAAUAUUUUGGAGGGGCUGAAAGCUUUUAGUGAGAAGAGAAAGCCUUGUUGGAAGGCCAGUAGGCUAUAG